GGCGGGCAACCGGAAGAAGUGCGGCUCGGAUAUGUGGCGCGGCGGGCGUCAGCCAGAUAAAUUGCUACUGCGCUGUGAUGAUUACAAAGACUAAUAAAAUGCGGUAUUGACCUUUUCUGACAAUUUGCUCGCAAUCAUCCUGCCCCUCUGUGAUAAUAUCGAGUAUAAGAAGGCGGGCAUCGUCUCGGUUUAGCUGAUUAUACGCUACAAGAUGGUGAAGCGGAAGUCUGAGGACCAGAAGCAGUACGAGUCGAAGUUCGUCGUGUACGAUGGCGGGGUAACUCGCAUCACCCGCACCAGAACAAUCACAAGCUGUCGGUCCUGCUACAGAAGGAAGGUCAAAUGCGAUAAAACGAAACCGGCCUGCAGUCAGUGCAAUGCUAUGAACAUUAGCUGCGAGUACAUGCAGUCGCCUGGUAGUGCGCAGCACAAGGACGAUCACAGUCAUGAAGCAGCAGUCAAGGUUGAGAAUACGGCGAGGCCGGAGCGAGAGGCCGUGAAGAAUGAAAUUGGUGUGUUCACUGUGGAUGUGGACAAUGGGGCGCCGCGAUAUGCCAAUAUGGCUUACUGGGGAACCAUUUUUGGCGAUGAGCCGUUGAUUGGUGGUCUAUUAGAGCCCACGAUAAAGUGCUGUUCCAUACAAAACAGGUCCCCGCGUUCCGCAGAACAUGUCUUGGGACAGGCUGCUCGCUAUAUGCCCGACAAAGCCAGUGCAGACAUGUGCCUACAGCUCUACCUUCGUUCCGUUCAACCCUUUUUCCCAAUAUUCGACCGUCAGUACCUGAUAGAUCAGUAUAAACUGUUUUGGUCGUCUUACAAGCACGAACGAUCAUUCCCACAGUUUACGUGCAUCAUAUUCACAAUAUGUUAUUGCGCUUGUCUAGCUAAAGGCGAGGAACUUCUUUUUCACCCUAACGAGCCAAAGCUGCGCACAACCAAUGAAUAUCAAGCGGAGAUGGACAAGUUCUUAAAAGGUGCUGAGCUUUCUAUUAGAAGCUGUGGGUUUCCUGCGCGACCUUCUAUUAUUCCACUGGCUGCAGCUUGCAUAAUGCAAGCCGUUAUUCAUCGCGUCUCGACUAUCGAUAACACGAGUGAGAUUGCACAGCUUGUUCGGGUGGCGCAGCUUAUGGGACUUUACCGCGACGCGACGGUGUUCAAGAAUCUCAAACUCACCCCUGCAGAGCUCAAGUUACGGCGAACUCUGUGGUUUCAUUUGAUGUGUAUGGACAUUAGCGGGUCGCUCCACAAUGGGUUACCGCCUACCAUUCUGCAGGACAGUCACGAUGUCAAGCUGCCGAGUGAAGACGAAGGCUUGGAUCAAGAUCGCAUGGCGCAGAUAUAUGCAAACGGCAAGUACGAGUCACUGAAUCUGCUUGGGAAAUUGAUGCAUGAGAUAUAUGGGCUACGCAAGGUGACCUCGGCACAAUUUGAUGAGUUGGUGAAGGAAACCACGAGGUUUGAGCUCAAGAUCCAUCAGAGGAUUGAAAAGAUUCAGUCCUUCAAGUUUGAGGAACGGCAUCCGGAAAUAAGUCUAGCGACUCUAAAAGGGCUCCAAAAGCUUUUCUGUUCUUCGUUUGAACUGCUGUGCUCGAGGAUUUUCUGCCUGCUUUACCAUCCGAGUUUCGCUUGCUGGAACAUGAAACGCACUGAGCUGAUACGAGCGGCAAUGAAGGUGCUACGCCUUUAUGACUCCACGUCUGAACUGCCUCACCUGGUGUCGUACUUGUGGUACAUACGCUUCGGAAGACCUCUGCACAGCUUUGUUUUGCUGCUAAGAGACAUCUAUCAGCGUCCUGAUGACUAUGUUCAUGAGAUUGGCCGCGAGGUGGAGGGUAUAGAUGGCCGGAUUUUGACGGUGGAGAAGGGUAUUGCAGAGAGCGAAUACUUGCAGCUUCAUACGUUGUCAUCUCAGGCAGCCGAGCAAUGGAAGUUGUUGUUGAGGGUGAAAGAUUUUGUAUGGAACUCUUUACCUCCUGAACGGAUUUUGAAAGCGAGAGCCAUGAUCCCGGCGAGACUACGGUUUGCGACUGGACUAGAACAGUUGGAGAAGGAUACAAAGGAGGGUGGGAACAGACUAGGAGGUGAUGCAGGAGAUACGUCUGAGUCUGUUUCCCCAAAUAACAGCAACGUGAGCUGUGACGAUACUCCUCAUACAGUCGCGAGCGACUCCAGUGUUGCUUCUGGAGAAGCUGGAGAGAGUGGAAUGGCGACUGUUUCUGAGAUUGAGGCGCCAGUCAUACUUGAUUUUCCUGAUCUGACGGGUUUGACCAGUGAUGAUAUGGUUCAGCAGCUACUGAACCUUGACUCUUGGAACAUUGACUGGAACAAUUUGGGUAUCGAUGGAAUAUGAAUUUGAUUAGUCUAUUGUACAGUAUAAAUACGAAAUGAGUUAUGUGUGUUAAUAAAUAUCUAAUUACAGUAAAACAGUAAACUGAGACCAAGUCAGAUUAC